AUGGGUCUAGACUGCAACAAGCAGGAAACUCUGCAGAAGGAGAAACAGGUGAUGUUGCUGAAGGAUGAUGCCAUACCAAGUGCAGAUCAGAUUCGUAUAACAACAUCUUUGAAAAGCCAAAGAGGAUCAGUGUGGACAAAAAACAAGUCAGUAUUUGAAUAUUGGGAAGUUGAAGUGACCUUUCGAGUUACAGGAAGAGGCCGCAUUGGAGCUGAUGGAUUGGCCAUCUGGUUUACAGAAGAGCAAGGCUUGGAAGGUCCUGUUUUUGGGGCAGCUGAUAAAUGGAAUGGUGUUGGAAUUUUCUUUGAUUCGUUUGACAAUGAUGGAAAGAAAAACAAUCCUGGAGUGAUUGUUGUAGGCAACAAUGGAAAACUUCUGUAUGACCAUCAGAAUGAUGGUUCCACGCAAGCAUUGGCGUCCUGUCAGAGGGACUUUCGUAACAAGCCCUACCCUGUUCGAGUAAAGAUAACAUACUACCAAAAAACAUUGACUGUAUUAAUUAACAAUGGCUUCACUCCGGAUAAAGAAGACUAUGAAUUUUGUGUGAAAGUGGAAGAUAUGGUGUUGCCAUCACAAGGAUAUUUUGGAAUAUCUGCAGCAACAGGGGGUCUUGCAGAUGAUCACGAUGUCCUGUCUUUUCUGACCUUCCAGUUGACUGAGCCUGGGAAGGAACUACCAACACCAGAUGCAGAAAUUCCUCAAAAAGAUAAAGAGAAGUAUCAAGAAGAGUUUGAACACUUUCAACAAGAAUUGGAUAAAAAGAAAGAAGAAUUUCAAAAGGAACAUCCUGAUGUGCAAGGACAGCCAGCGGAUGAUCUCUUUGAAACUGUAAGCGAUCGUGAACUGAGGCAAAUCUUUGAGGGGCAGAAUCGAAUUCAUCUUGAAAUCAAACAGCUUAAUAGACAAUUGGACAUGAUUCUGGAUGAGCAGAGGAGAUACGUCUCUGCAGUCACAGAUGAGAUUGCUAAAAGAGGAGCUGGUUUUCCAGGUCAACAAGGACAGGUUUCCCAGCAAGAGAUUGAGACAGUUGUGAAAACUCAAGAAGAGGUUGUUAGACAAAUAAAUGAAAUAAGAAAUUCCAUGGCUGAUACUCUGAGGUUGAUCAGUGGAGCUCAACAUCCUGGCUCUGCCGCAGGAGUCUAUGAAACAACUCAGCACUUCAAUGACAUCAAAGAACACCUUCAUGUAGUAAAGAGGGACAUUGAGCAUUUAGUACAACGAAAUAUGCCAUCUAGUGAGAAAUCAAAGUGUCCAGACUUGCCACCGUUUCCAUCAUGCUUAUCUACAAUGCACUUCUUCAUAUUUGUAGCGGUGCAAACAGUGUUAUUCAUUGGUUAUAUCAUGUAUAGGAGUCAACAAGAAGCAGCAGCCAAAAAGUUCUUUUGAUGACCUGUUCCUUUUGUGUGUACAUGACAGCAUCGUUUCUCCUUGGAACUUCCAUAAUUGCCUCGUCACUCACUGGAUCAAAGGAAAGCUCCCAAUUGCCCAGCUCAAAUUUUGCCCUGUCUGUUCUUGAAGUGAUAGCAACAAAUUUGGACUUUAAGAAUAUUUGUCAGUUGAUGUAGCCUCCUAUUAUGGCUGGCUACUAGAAGUUUCUUUCAGCACUGACAACCUAUUUGGUUCUUAUCAAGUAAGAUUUCAGGACUAGGAGGAGAAGACACCUUGGAAUCUGGUUUGACAAUAUGGGGGAGAAAAGUCUAAUGUGAUUGUAUUUGAAGU